ACAGUUCACCGCCGAUCCAGUAGUACUAAGCUCCGCCCAAAGCCGGCGCGGCGCACGUGGGUAAUUAACAUACACGUGCCAUGCACGCUGCAUGUUCCAGCCGGACUUUCUGCACGCCCAUGUCGGGCAUGAAUCACGAAUGUGAUUGGUCAGAGUUCUUUAUUAUACAGCUCUAUGGUCAGAACACCAUUAGGCGACGUCCACCGGAGCAGUGUAUUCCUAUUGGUCGAGAGCCUGUCAUGGGGCGGUCUUACACCGCUGUUUAAACACCACGUUAGGUGACCAUUGUGAUCGAAAAGGUGACCCGAAGCAAGACAAUAAUUUCUGCUAAAUUUCUUUUCAACAAAUGAUAAUAGUUAUUCUUUAAAGUUUUUAGGUUCUGAAGUUCGUAUAAAAAAAUAUAUUUUUGGUAAAGUAAUAAUUUUAAGAUCGUUUUUACUUAAAGUCACUUUUUUAAAUAGAGGAACAAAAUAUGGCGUAAGUUCGAGACUAAAAAGUUGCAGCAAAAAAAUGUCGUCUGCUCGCCAGCGCUUCGCACGUGUCCCCGGUCAAGUUGUUAUGUUGGCUGCCAAAUUCACCGUGAGAACCACAGCAUACCGAGAUUUGUGUCAGACCUUGCUCAAAAACUCCACAGCUAGCUAGACCUUUUACCGAACUUUAUUUUCCUCGUUUGUUGGAACAAGUAAGUAGGCAUAGUAGGUACGUACAUGCAUUCAAUUUCACGGUGAACAUGUGACACUUUUAUACGAUACCGCAAUGGCUAUGCACUGGGUUUCGCUUCAAAGUUGAUUCGUAUUCCGCCUGAUAUUCUCUCCCGUUUGUUUAUUAAAAGUAUGCAUAUGAAAAUAAGGUAAGAAAGUAGGGGACUCUCAUAUUUAACAAAUCCUCAAAGUUGUUACUUUAAGAGGGUGUCAUGUUAUUUGUUUAUAUUUUUUCAAGAUGCAAGAUGGUUAUUAUUAUCACAUCAGUCUUGCAAGCCAGCGAAAGAAAACAGCAUCAGCCAUAAAAAAGGUACUUUACAAACGCUCAACAGCUGAUGCUCUGUGUUUUUGAAAGAGCGCCCUCCAUUGGUGGGUCCAAGUCUUCCAUCACGUUUCAACAAAAAAAUGGCUGAGAAAAACGAAGAAAGUCCACGUCCUGUUUCGCCUGCAAAAUCUGACAAAGCCGACGAAAAAGAUGCUACCCUCGACCUGCUGGAAAGCGAAUCCUCAGAGUCUGAGUCCGAGAGCAGAAAAAAGCAUUCGGAGGAGAAGACGAGGAAGAAACGAGAGUUUAAAGGAGACGGAAUCGACAAAUCUUUGUCGGAGUUAGCGAAAGAAACUGUGAAAAGAUACCCGAAUAAAACCGGUGGGAAUUUUGUGACUGGAUUCAACGUACAUUCCAAGGAGGCGAAGCAUAAACGAAGGGAACGUGCCAAGAGAUUUGGCAUCAAGUCGUCGGAGAAGACCAGCAAAGCUGAGAAUCUCUCGUCUGUAAUCCUUCCACCAGGGUCUACCAUCGGCGGUGACAAACUUCGCUUGGAGGCCCUUUUUCUUUCCGGCGUCGACGAGAUGAGUACGCAGGAUGUCUUCAACUAUUUUAAAGAUUACGAUCCCUCAUCAGUUGAGUGGAUCAAUGACACAUCAUGUAAUGUAGUAUGGCUAGACCCCCAUUCUGCUGCCAGGGCGUUAUUCAACAUGAGUCAACCCCAGCAUAUCUUGCCACAACAAAUACAUGUACCUCCCCCUCCGCCUUCACCCCCUCCGGCACAGGAAGAGCAAGAACCAGAACCCAUGGAACAAGAGGAGGAAGAUGAUGACGAUGAUUUCCUAGACCUCGUCAGUGAUCAUGAGACCGGCGAACAGGAGAGACAUCGACGCAGCACCAGUCGAUCCCCUAACCCUACCUCAUCCGCCUCCCAUUCUGCUCCGUCCCCGCCCCCCUCCAUAGCCAGGAUAAUGGACGAUAACAGUACCAUGGAGGAUGAUAUGGAUAUGGGCCCAGUGCAUCUAAGUAGGGAGCAAGCGAAUAGGACGGGUCUGCCGUGCCAGGAGGCUCAGGGGGAUCUAGUGAUGAGAUACGCAACGACAGCUGACAAGAAGGUGUAUGAGUCGGGUCAUCGCAGUCAGUACUACAUCAAGUACGGAAACCCUAACUUUGGAGGCAUGAAGGGACUUAUCAGUUCAUCACUGAAGAAAAAAAUUAGGGAGGGCAAGUUUGUCCCCGGCCAACGCAAGCGUCGCUAUGGCGACGACGAUGCCUCGGACGACGAGGACCGACAAGAGUACGCGCGGAAGCGGCGUAACCACGGCAACUCGGAUGAUUCACAGCGGCGUAUGGAGGAGCGGGACUCGGACGACGGGGACAGCGUCGAGAUGGACCUGCGGUUGAUGACGAAACACGCCGAGCCGCAUCGGCCGAUGAGGAUGUACGCAGAUGACCUGGAGGAUCAGAUUAAGACUAUCAGAAGUCAGUCUAUUGCUGGGAAACCGCAGAUCAAGGAUGCUAGAGAACGAAUCAAAGUCAGCCGCCCAUCGGCUACCAGCCGACUCGGUUACCAACCCUACCCAGCUAGUGAAGACAGCAGCGGCAACGAGAGCGACACUGGGGGCGCGUUCACCUCCGGCAACAUCCCAAACCUCAAGAUCAUGGUGUCCAACGACCGCGAUUCGUGGGAUGACGAUGAGGAUGAUGACGAUGAAACAGAGCAAUCCCAACCCAAAGCUUUGCCGGAUUUGAGGAGUAGGCUGAAAAAUCGUCGAUCCAAUCCGCAGUUCCUAGACAACCUACCCUCGCUUUCAAUACAGGUUGAUCGGGACAAUUUUUGAUAAGUCAACGAUAACAACUAUUGAAAUAAUAAAUCACAAAUGUGCGCGGUGGAUGUAAAUUUCUUAUUCAGAUUUGCCUUUCCGAAUGUACAUGUAACUCUAAGCACUGUAUGCUUACUUUAUAAAAAAAAAAAUCAAACACUUGCCUUGGUGGGAAUCGAACCCACAACUUCCUCAUUAGUUGUGCAGAUGUCUUACCGCUCUAUGAUUGAUGAGCCUGGUUUUGUUGGUUAGAAUCUGAUAUUGCAGUACAUGCAGGUACUGCCAUGAAUGACAAUGUGAUGUAAUUUUGGAAGAGCUCUGAGUGUACUGUACUUGUGAGUCACGAAGUUGAAGGGCAAAACCUGAUAUUUAAUUUGAAAUAAUUGCUUCCUACAUAUUAAUUUGUUUGAUUUUAACCUUACCUUGGACAUUACAUUUUGAUCAAUGAAAAUUCAUGUGAAUCUUACAUUAAGGUACACGUAUGUGUAUAUUUAACGUACAUGUAACCAAGAAUUAUGGAGGCAGUUAAAAAAUAUUAUGAAAGCCAUUUGAGGUCAUUCUAUAAAUCUGGGUCCACCUUUUUUCCUGUCCCUGUUACAUCUGAAGUCUGUGAUUUUAUAAUUCUG